CAAAGACCACGUUCAGCUCUCUCUCUCUCCCUCUCUUGUGUCGAAUCUUCAUACAAAGAGAAACAUGGAGCAGUGAUUAAUUCUGGAUUCGCUGAUCAGAUAUUUGGUGAAAUAUGAAGGCAACGCGUUCAAGAAAUCUAUUUGUUCAAAGCAUUUUAUCCUGCAGAGGAGAGAAAAUUAACUAGUGUUGCAGGGACCUUCGCUGAGAGAAAACUGACUGGGGACAGAAUGGAUGGGAUAGCUUUCAUAAAUUCUGGAAAUUUUUCCAAUUCCUUGAACUCUUCAGAGAAAAAUUUUACCUUUGGCCAUUAUGAUCAGUGUUACACUCCAACUGCCAUGAUAUUUGUGCUCGCACUGGUUUACAGUGCCAUCAUCAUCCUUGGAGUUUCAGGCAAUCUGCUCCUAAUCACCAUCGUGAUGAAGCAAAAAGAAAUGCACAAUGUUACAAACAUCCUGAUUGUCAACCUAUCAUUCUCCGAUCUGCUCAUCAGUGUCAUGUGUCUGCCCUUCACAUUUGUCUACACGUUCAUGGACCAUUGGAUAUUCGGUGAGGCCAUGUGCAAGCUAAAUUCCAUGAUCCAAUGCAUCUCGAUCACGGUUUCUAUCUUCUCCUUGGUGCUGAUUGCAGUUGAGCGCCACCAAUUGAUUAUUAAUCCCCGAGGCUGGAGACCCAAUAACAAGCAUGCCUACCUAAGCAUUGCCAUCAUGUGGACACUGGCCCUGCUCACAUCUCUGCCCUUCCCGCUUUUCCACAUUCUGACCGAUGAGCAGUUCCAUUAUGACCUGAAAUACUCAAAGGAAUUUGCUGGAAAGUACUUGUGCAUUGACCAGUGGCCAUCAGAAAAUCAAAGGCUGGUUUAUACUACAUGCCUCCUCGUAAUGCAGUACUUUGCCCCUCUCUGUUUUAUAUUCAUCUGCUACUUUAAAAUAUAUGUGCGUCUAAAGAGGAGAAACAACAUGAUGGAGAAGAUGAGAGAGAACAAGUACAGGGCAGAUGAAAACAGAAGAAUCAAUAUUAUGCUUAUUUCCAUUGUAGUAGCGUUUGCAGUCUGCUGGCUGCCCCUCAACAUCUUCAAUGCGGUUUUUGAUUGGAACUAUGAGGCCAUCAAUAAUUGCCAUCACAAUCUAGUUUUCUCCAUAUGUCAUCUGACAGCCAUGCUGUCGACCUGCACAAACCCCAUCUUCUAUGGAUUCCUCAAUAAAAACUUCCAGAGGGACUUGCGUUCAAUUCUCCAUUACUGCAAGUGCAGCUCUCGAGAGGAGGACUAUGAAGCUAUUGCUAUGUCAACCAUGCAGACAGAGAUUUCCAAGAGUUCGCUGAAACAAGCAACACAAAUUGCUUGAGAUGAAGUGAUUCCAAAAUCGUGGCUUCUGCAGAA